AUGGGUGAGAAUUCAGGCAGGGAGGGCCAGAUGCAGUCACUGAGGGCUGUGGCUCAGGAGGAGAAGGGGCCCCCAUCGCUGGAGAGACGACAGUCUGUUGACCCCUCAGUAGUGGAGGUAUCUCCGAGAUCUUCACUCAGAUUGGUUGGUGCUCAAUUUAACUGGUCGCUAAAUAUUUGGACUAUCAUCCCUGGCUACAGGAGAGGUAGUCGAUAUGUAACAGCUGUUCUCUCUUCCUCCCUCCCAGGCCUGGCCCUCCUGCUGCCCCCUGCCACCCUGGCAGCCCUGGCAGCCGCCUGGCUUCAAGAGGACUGCCCAGGUCUCAACUACACAGCCUUGGUCACUGGAGCAGCUCCCUCGCAGGCAGCAUUAUGGGCCAAGUCCCCUGGGGUCCUGGCUGGGCGGCCUUUCUUCGAUGCCGUCUUUGCCCAACUUAACUGUGAGGUCUCCUGGUCCCUCCCUGAGGGAUCGAAGCUGGUGCCCGUGGCCAAGGUGGCUGAGGUCCGGGGCCCCGCCCACUGCCUGCUGCUGGGGGAACGGGUGGCCCUUAACACACUGGCCCGCUGCAGUGGAGUGGCCAGUGCUGCUGCAGCUGCUGUGGAGGCUGCCAGGGGGACCGGCUGGACUGGCCGUGUGGCAGGCACAAGGAAGACCACGCCAGGCUUCCGGCUGGUGGAGAAGUAUGGGCUCCUUGUGGGUGGGGCUGACUCCCACCGCUACGACCUUGGAGGGCUGCUGAUGGUUAAGGACAACCACGUUGUGGCAGCCGGUGGGGUGGAAAAGGCAGUACAAGGGGCCAGGCGGGCAGCCAACUUCACCCUGAAGGUGGAGGUCGAGUGCAGCAGCCUGCAGGAGGCUGUGGAGGCGGCUCAGGCAGGAGCAGACCUUGUCCUGCUAGACAACUUCAGGCCUGAGGAGCUGCACCUCACGGCCGCAGCGCUGAAGGCCCGGUUCCCAAGCGUGGGUGUGGAAGCCAGCGGGGGCAUCACACUGGGCAACCUCCCUCAGUUCUGUGGGCCCCACAUCGAUGUCAUCUCCUUGGGGAUGCUGACCCAGGCUGCCCAGGCCCUCGAUUUCUCCCUCAAGCUGUUUGCUGAAGGGACCACCCCAGCGCCUCAUACCCGCCGGUCCUAA